UUCCUUUGCGUGCUGAACAAAAUUAUUUCUAAUAAUGAUAAGAUAAUAAAUCUGUAACGUGUCUGUAUAAGUGUAUCUGUGUGUGCACCAACUCAUAAAUUUCAUUAUUUAAUAGCACCUACAACUUGCUUAACAAGCAAAAGCAACACAAGCUGUCAUAAAGCACCAGGUGUCGGCUUUUCUAAUUGUUUAAUUGUGCGAUGCCAGGGCUGGCUCACUACCUAUACAAUAUGCAUUUAGAAAUCACUACCUAUAUUUUUAAACUAGUAUGAAGAACUAUUGAGAAAAUCAUGUAUUUUUGCGAAUAUAUUAGAACAAUCAUUUUAAAAUUUAGCUCUGUGAAUAUCACAUUUAAAAGUGCAUUCAUAUAUGGAGAUGGUGGAUUUAUUUCAGCUAAAAAAUCGCACUAUGCAUGUAAACAAAGUGGCAGUUGCUAACCAAUAUUACUUCUAUACUAGAAGGUGUUUUUCUACACCAGCAGAAUGAUAUAAUUUGACUUACUUUUGUGACCUGCUUCACUUUUGCUUGCGUUUGUUGAAGCUUUCAACAUGCAUAAAACAAAAAUGUUAAGCUGCUACAUAUAUGUACAUAUUUUAUUUACCAAAGCCAUUUGGUUUUUUGCCUGCCCUGCUAAUUAAAUGCUGAAUAUAGGCCAUCUGUUUUGCUUUGUCACGCAAGCACAAAAACAUACGAGUAUAAAACACACAAACGCUCACAAACUGCGCGCGAUUUGUUUGCACAAUUAAUGAUAACGGUUAAUAAAAUGAAAAAGAGUACAAAUAAAUUGUGAUUGUAUAGAAGCAAAUAAAAAGUCAAUGAACUUUAGCCCCACAUAAAAUAAAUAAAGAAAGCAAGAAAGAAAAAGAGUGUUCGAAAAUGCUUGCCAAUUUGGUCAAUGAUCAUGAUCCAAAGCAAAGUGCGCGCGUCGAGUUUUUUCCUUAUAAAGUGUUUUUCAAAUGCAUAUUUUCUGUUUUUGCAACAAAAUUCUAAGCUUGUUUAUUUCUACAGUGUUCAAUUAAGAAAUGAAACCAAAAAGUAGCAAAGUGUGCGCCAGUGUUGAGUAAAUGCGCAAAAGAAAUUGAAUGAAUGAAAGAAAGAAAUCAAGAAUGGAAGAAAGAAAGCAUGGUUGCAACAUUUUAGUGGAAGUUAAACGUGCAACGUGCUGCAAGCAUCGCGCGCCCAACAAGAUGGCAAGGGCUCCACAACUACCACAACAACAACUGCAACUGCUUGACAACAAUCAACAACGCACAAAAAUGUCUCGAACUUACACGAAUGAUUGCAACGCAUUGAUGAAAUCGAGAACCUUAAGUUGGAGCAAGCGCGUUUGGGUCACCAGUGCGCUGAUGCCCAGAGGCGUGAAAAGAUACUUAUGCGGCGUCUGGCCAACAAGGAACAAGAGUUUCAGGAUUAUGUGAGCCAAAUUGCUGAGUAUAAGGCCCAACAAGCGCCCACUGCCUUGGCCCUGCGCACGGCGCUGCUUGAUCCGGCUGUAAAUUUGCUCUUCGAACGUCUCAAGAAGGAGCUAAAGGCCACAAAAGCCAAGCUAGAGGAGACACAAAAUGAACUAUCCGCCUGGAAAUUCACGCCAGACUCAAAUACUGGUAAAAGGCUGAUGGCUAAAUGCCGUCUUUUAUAUCAGGAAAAUGAAGAGCUAGGCAAGAUGACAUCUAACGGACGUUUGGCAAAGCUAGAGACUGAAUUGGCAAUGCAAAAGAGCUUCAGCGAAGAAGUGAAGAAAUCGCAGUCAGAACUCGAUGAUUUUUUGCAAGAGUUAGACGAAGAUGUGGAGGGCAUGCAGAGUACCAUAUUGUUUUUGCAACAGGAACUUAAGACCACUCGUGAUCGUAUACAAACCUUAGAGAAGGAAAAUACGCAGCUCAAACAACUUGGCAGUAAUAGCAACAGCAGCAAAGAGCUUCCAGAUAAUGUCACAUCGGCACCAUUAGCUGCAACAAAUGGCACGUCUAACACCCAAAAGGUAACAUCCAUGACGACGCCAAUGACACAAAAAUUAGAGACCAUAGACGAACACACCACUUUAGAGACGCCCACAACAAACACGGACUACUAUAAUGGCAGUGGAAAUGUUAACAACACCAAUGAACAAAUGUGCAUAAGCACAACACCUGCAGAGCUGAUUGUGCCCGACGACGGCAGCAAUAGCAAUGGAAGCAAAAAUGGCAAUACUAUCGCACGCUUGGCGCGUAAACGCAACUAUGAAGAGGAUGUACCGGCAGCACCAAUCAUCCACAGCAAUAUUGAGGAGCCGAUAGCAGCACCGCCAACCGUACGUGAAGUAAGUGCACCACGAACCUUGCCUCCAAAGAAGUCCAAGUUGCGUGGUAUUGCCACAAGACGCAACUCACAGCUAGAGGAAUGCAUUGUAGAGUCGUCUUCCAUUAUCACAACGACGACGGCCACAACGACGACUGCACCAUUGUUGGGUGUAGUGCUGGAAGAGACGCCGAUACCUACGGCUAAUAGCACGGAGGCAAUAACAGUUGGAGCUGGCGCAAUUGCAGCAGAACUGCCCGAUCCCUUAGCGACAGCAACGGCAACACCAGCUCGCAUCCUCACACGACGCCGUUCGGUGCGCAUGCAACAGAACGGAAGCAGUGUGGAUUAUUAAACUUGAACAACUUUAAAAAAGUUUGGAUGACCUUCUCUUUGGAUGAAAUGACUUCUAUCAUAUAGUACAUAUACAUACGUACAUGUAUAUCGUUAAUCGUUAAUUGAAACGUUUAAUAUUGUGAAUUUGAGAUUAGUUGCAUGCGUCAACGCAAUUGAGCAGCUGCGCCUUAACAUUAUUUUUAUAUAUUCUUUAUUUGCAAAUUAUAAUGUAAAAUACGUUUAUUUUAAUUUGUUAACGCAUGCAACUCAUAGACAGGGGUACUUACAUACUAUUAUUAUGUAGUCCCUGCUAUAGAUGUAUAAAGCUUAUCAUUUAGAAUUUUAAAUUGCACAUAGUAAAAAAAAUAGGAAAAGCAAAUAAGAGCAAAAAUAUGCAAAUAAGUACACGUUACUUCUAUUGUUGGCCUUACGCAUAUGGCCAACAAACAAGUGUAAUCUAAUAAUAAGUCCUACACAAACAACAAUAUCAGUUUCACAAUUUCCCGCAACAUUUAAUGAAAAGCUAAAAGUUCACCUAACAAUUGUUUAGCUGUGUAAUAAUUUAAGAACUUUUUUAACUAGAAAAUGUGAAAAAAUGUGUAAAAUAAAAUAAUUUAUGUAAAAAUAAACUGUUAGACGUAAUGAAAAUUAUAAA